ACCAGCUCUUGUUUUCCAGGUUGAGCUGAAGCAUGCCUCCGUUCUGAAAUUGAACUCCGAUAUCGAACUACUUAGUGUUGAUGGAUAAAACGGCACAGUAUGACUUCCUAUGGAGUAGCAAGGGGUUUGGUUCAUCUGUGAGUUGCUGUAUGGGCUGUCGCAAAAGGGGGUACGCAGGCCAGCUGGACUCUGCAGGGAGCUGCAGGCUGUUGAGUCUCUGUGCUGUUGGCACUGCUGUCGGUGUGUCACGGGAUGCUUGGUGAAAUGUGGGAGCUGCCGCUGUUUUCUGUGUUCAGGAUUUAUAGCUGGAGUCCCUCUUGCUUUGAGAAGCAGAAUGACUGUCUCACAGCUCUGUUUUGAGGAGAGGGCAUAGAAGGUCUGCCACUGUACUUUCCCCAAGGUGUGUAGUAAAAAUGGUGCAGAAAUACCAGUCCCCAGUUCGAGUCUACAAAUAUCCUUUUGAGCUCGUCAUGGCAGCAUACGAAAAGCGCUUUCCCACAUGUCCAGAAAUCCCAGUCUUCUUGGGGAGUGAAAUCCUGCGUGAAUCCAGGAGUGAUGACGGAGCUAUACAUAUCAUUGAACGGAGCUGCAAACUGAACGUGGAUGCUCCUAGGCUGCUGAAGAAGAUUGCAGGGGUAGAGUAUGUUUUCUUCAUCCAGAAAAACACAGUGAACUGGAAAGAGCGAACUCUCCACAUUGAAGCCCACAAUGAGACCUUUGCCAACCGUGUUGUCGUCCUUGAGACAUGUAGCUACUCCGUUCACCCUGAGAAUGAAGAGUGGACUUGCUUUGAACAGUCUGCAUCUCUCGACAUCAAGUCAUUUUUUGGCUUUGAAAGCACAGUGGAAAAAAUUGCCAUGAAGCAGUAUACUUCAAACAUCAAGCGGGGCAAGGAAGUGAUUGAGCACUAUCUGAAGGAGUUGAUCUCCCAAGGGAUCACAUUCAUCCCCCGCUGGACACCCCCCGCAGCGUGCGGACAGAAGGAUGAGCGAACCCCGGCUGUUGGACAUGAUGCUGAUGACGUACCACCUGAGUCGGGGGCUCGCGGAACUGCCAAAGAGCAAACUGGCAGCUCCUGCCCUCCAGCAGAGGCUGUCAGCCCUGAUGCUGACAAAUUGGACGCUGAUUACAUUGAGCGAUAUCUGGGCCAGCUGACUCCAAUGCAAGAGAGUUGUUUGAUCCGCCUUCGCCAGUGGCUUCAAGAAACGCACAAAGGCAAGAUCCCCAAAGACGAACAUAUCCUUCGAUUUCUGCGGGCUCGUGACUUCAACAUUGACAAAGCUCGAGAAAUGCUCUGCCAGUCCCUGUCUUGGCGAAAGCAGUACCAAGUGGAUUACAUCCUACAGUCAUGGAGGCCCCCAGCCCUCUUAGAUGAAUACUACACUGGAGGAUGGCAUUAUCAAGACAAAGAUGGGCGACCGCUCUACAUCCUUCGUCUUGGCCAGAUGGACACAAAAGGGUUGGUGAAAGCUCUGGGAGAGGAAUCACUGCUGCGACAUGUCCUGUCAAUUAACGAGGAAGGACAAAAGAGAUGUGAGGAAAAUACCAACAUCUUUGGCCGCCCCAUCACAUCCUGGACAUGUCUGGUGGACUUGGAAGGGCUAAAUAUGCGGCACCUCUGGCGGCCUGGAGUUAAGGCCUUGCUUCGGAUAAUUGAGGUUGUAGAGGACAACUACCCUGAAACUCUGGGGAGACUGUUGAUAGUGCGAGCACCCAGGGUGUUUCCUGUGCUCUGGACUCUGGUCAGUCCGUUCAUCAACGAGAACACAAGGCAGAAGUUCCUCAUUUACAGUGGGAAUAACUACCAGGGUCCAGGAGGGCUGGUAGACUACGUGGACAAAGAUGUGAUCCCAGACUUCCUGGGAGGAGACUGCAUGUGUACUGUUCCAGAAGGUGGACUUGUUCCCAAGUCACUUUAUCAAACAGAAGAAGAGCCAGAGAACUCGGAUCACAUCCGGUUAUGGACAGAAACUAUCUAUCAUUCCGCGAGUGUCCUCAAAGGAGCUCCACAUGAGAUAGUUGUGGAGAUUUUGGAAGGAGAAUCUGUCAUUACCUGGGACUUUGACAUCCUGAAGGGAGAUGUGGUGUUCAGCCUCUUUCACUCCAAACGAGCUCCUGAAACAAGUCAUAAAGAAGCCACGUUACCAAGUACCUCUGCUGCUGGGGACAACAUGCAGCUAAUUGAUAAGUCGUGGGUCCUUGGGGUAGAUUACAGCCGUAUGGAGUCUCCGCUGGUUUGCCGGGAAGGAGAGAGCAUCCAGGGAUCUCAUGUGACUCGCUGGCCCGGCUUUUACAUUCUCCAGUGGAAAAUGCAUGGCCCUCUGCCCUGUUCCGGCACUAGCCUCCCUCGGGUGGAUGAUGUUCUUGCCUCUCUGCAAGUUUCCAGUCACAAGUGCAAGCUUAUAUACUACUACGAGGUGCUUGCAUCCAAGGACUUCAGGGGAUCCAUGUCAAGCCUGGAAUCUUGCAACAGCGGCUUUUCCCAGCUGAGUGGAGCCACGACAUCUUCCAGCCAGUCCCAGACGAGCUCCCAUCUUUCUAGAUAGCAGGUCCAAGGCUACGCAGGCAAGGAAAAACCACUUGGGGCCUCCUGGCUGGCCCAGAGCUGCUCUCUGCACCAAACCAAAGAGCCUACAGGGGCUGAGCCUGGAGGCAGUCGUUCGUGUGACCACAGGUAGCAGCCACUUGGACACAGAGAGGCUUCUGGGAACUAUUUUAAACUUAAAAACUUAGAACUCAAAUAGCAGAUUUAGAAAUUUUGUAUCAGAUGCCUCCUUCUCAGUAGUCUUUUCCAUGAAUUGUGGUUUUGGAUGAAUGUCAGUUUGCAUGAAUCUGUGUAUUACUCAACUCUAAAGGGCUCUUUCCAAUCAGUCCUUUUCCGACGCGUGGUGGAGGAGACUGAUGUUGCCUUAUCUGUUUGAUCUGUAGGGCUAGAUUAUUCAUGUGUAGCAGAAGUCAUCUAGUUUCCUGGGUGCCCAGGGUACCGAUUACCUGUCAGAAAGCAAAGUGGGCAUUUCAGGUGCAGGGACUCGAAGCAAACUGUAAAUAACCUUGAUACAGAUAAGAUGUUUCAGAAAUCAGUUCCAGGUCAAACCUAUAACCUCUUCUGAUCUGACAGGAUGCUAUUAGGAAAUGUGUUGGAUUUUUUUAACCCACUGAGACACAAAAGUCAAAACUGUUUUCUAGAAAGUGCGGGCAGAGAACCUGCCCUCUGGUAAGCAGCAUCUUCCUUAGAAAUAGACUAUUUCUCCUUUUUCCUCAGGUUUACAAGCAAUAAUGAGUAGAUCUGACCCAUCUCAUCGAAGUGGAUGGGAACUGAAUCAAAUUAUAAAGGGCUAAGAAAAGCAAUAUUUUAUUUCCUGAAGGCACAAAAUUUUAUGGCAGUAUUAUAGAACUUGCUUCUUUAAAGCAUGAGCUAACUUGAAGAGAAAACAAAAAAAAGGCAUGUAUGUAUUUAAGCGCUUACUGAAAUGUAUUUAUUCAAAUACUAGCUUA